AAGUCUGAAGCGAUUCUCAAGCUCAUUGACAGAAAUGUUUUGUAAUUCAAUCAGUAGUUAUCGUGUCAUGAUGCAAGAAAUGGAUAUAGUUUACAAGAAGGUUAUGUAUCCUAUGCGCGAGAUAACUUUAUCUCUGCUUCAGAUACAUGUUGCAUAAUGUUUCGUAAUAUAUAUAUAGUGCGGGUUUACAGUAUUUCGUAUUGUCAUCAUCAUUUUUUUCGUUGUGUCAGUGCGCGACGGUGCGCGACGUAAGGUGUGCAGCUGCAAUAUAAGACAACAUGAUUCGCAAUCUCCGUCGCAUAGUCUCGCCGAUAGUUGUGCGGAGAGUUGGGACGCGCAACAAUUACGCCAUGAUCGACGUUCUGACAGAGCGCGUGCCCUUUUCGAAGGACUUUCUGUUUCGCCAGUUUUUUGAUCCAGUAUCCAGCACGUACACAUAUCUGCUGGCCGAUAUCAACGAUAAGGAAGCGAUUUUAAUCGAUCCGGUUAUCGAAUGGGCCGAGCGUGAUAAAAAAAUCAUCGAGGAGUUAGGAUUAAUGUUGAAAUACGCCCUGAACACGCACAUGCACGCGGAUCACAUCACCGGCACCGGUCGAUUGAAGUCGCUGCUGCCCAGCUGCAAAUCCAUGAUAUCGCACAGUAGCGGCGCCGAGGCGGAUAUACUUCUGCAGCCGUACGAUCAGAUCCGAUUCGGCAGACAUCAUCUGAAAGUGCUUCCCACUCCGGGUCACACCGAAGGUUGCGUCACGUACGUUUGCGAUGAGCAGGCAAUCGCGUUCACGGGCGAUGCACUCUUGAUACGGGGAUGCGGCAGAACUGAUUUUCAGGGCGGAUCCGCCGCAGUCCUGUACAAAUCUGUGCACGAGAAGAUUUUCACGCUGCCGCGAAAUUACCGGCUGUACCCGGCGCACGAUUACAAUGGCAGAACCGUCACCACCGUGGCCGAGGAGAAGGCUCUUAAUCCCAGAUUGUCCAAGUCGCUGGAGCAGUUCGUCGAAAUUAUGAACAACCUCAACCUGCCUUAUCCCAAGAUGAUCGACAAAGCUGUACCGGCCAACAAAGUUUGCGGCUUGUACGAGAUUGAAGAAAAAAAGAGCGAACUGUGAAAAAAAAUUAUUGUCAACCAAUGCAAUAACACGCCAGUAUUGUAGUUUUAUUCACUUUGCUCCUGGUGGAAAUAACGUGCGAUGUCCCAGUUAAUGUUUAUAUACGAAUUAUGUGAUUAUUCUCGAUUCAGUGCAUUUCAUCAUUCGAUGAUUACGGUAUUAUUAACGUUAGAUGGAGAAUGAUCAUAUAUCUUGUGACUGUUACAGAGUAUUCAAGAGUAAAUAAAAUCCGUUUGAUACUAUUAUGAUAUAAAAUA